AUGGAGGAUCGGAUCUCCGACGAUGGUCUGCUCUUCAUGAGUGAAGAGGACUUCGUCGUAGACUUUUCAAGCAACGGUCUUGAUAGCUUGCCAUGGAAUGCUACAUAUGAUACGAAUGACGCAGCGUUUGCCGACGUACAUCAGGAAACAACCUUUACAGUUACAGUCGACUCAGUGAAUACGAGCUCAUUGGACAUUUACUCCGAUCAUAUCAACCCUAUUUUAUAUAACACUCAAGAGCUACCAGCUCUAGAUACUACUUACCUUGACAUCUUACCUACGAACUGGGACUUCAUGGUGAUGCCCACCGAACCCAUCACUACUACCCUUGCUGGUUCUAUAACGACCACAGAGCAAUCCAAUUACUCCGCUGAUUACACAAGCUCUUCCUCACCGAUGACUCAAAGGAGUCCAACAGGACUGACACAGUCACAAAUAUCCAACCCCUUACGGACAAAAAGUGCGGAAAACGCACCAAGCACAACAACCAGACGACGAAAAACGAAGAUGGAGCCAGGCACCAGACCUUGUGACUUGAAAAGGCAGAAGCGAAAAGAAGAUAAGCCUGAGAAGUGUCGCAUCUGCGGAAAGGGGCACCAGUGGAACCGCGAUCUGGAGAGGCACUAUUGGAGUAACCACCCAGACGAGGCAGCCAAGAUGGGCCUUAGUCGAAAACAGCAAAAUGAUGAGGACUCCGGUACAGGGAAUCGAACCCUGGGCUCCGCGGCACUGAUCCCUCAGCUGAAGAUGAGAGCGCGAAAUAUUAGCCACUACACCAUACCGGAUGAGAAGGCUCAUGAUAUAUGA